GAGUGCAGUCAGGGGGGCCCCGAGCCGCGUGCACAGCUCCGCAGCGUGGGCAGCGUCCGGACCUGGGCUUGGUACAUAACGUCAGAGCGGUGACCAUGGCUCCAACAAUUGAAACAAGCUUCAGCCUUGGGGCGGAAGGGGUGACAGAUGAACAGGGCGCAGUUGAACAUCACGGUGCGAGGGAGUUCUGUUGUGCCGAGGAAGGUGCUCAGGAUGGACCGGGUGCGACCCAUCUGCCUUGCGCCGGCGAUGGCGUAAGUGCUGCUGGGAUUCAUAGCCUGCAGGUCCUCGAUUAUCUCCUCUUGGUUUUGAUUGUCCACGGCGUUGUAGAUUAUGCCGCGCAGGGCGUUGUCAGGUGCGGCCACAUGAGCGCGCAGUGGGUACAGCUGGGUGGCGAGACGCAACUCAGAGGUUCGCACAUACUGCCGGGUGCGUUGCUCCGAGGGCGUACUGACGGUGACAGAGUUGUUGUAUGGGUUUAUGCGUACGCGGUCCUAGGCACGGGCGUCGCCGUACUCAACGCUGGCGCUAGAACAGAGUGAGGCAAGGAGGGCACCAUUGGAGGUUCUUCGGAGGUCGAGGCCACCUCCAGGACGGAAGACGAUCUUGUAGUCUUCCGCUGGGAGUCGAGGCAGUGGGACGUGGCGGCGUAGGCGGUGAGUCUUCAGCGAUGGCGAGGGUGCCAUGGCGGACUUGAGGUGGCGUUCGUGGCUGAAACGGCUUCCUUUGAAUGGGCCGCACGGUGGGCUUGGAGCAUUCGGGACCAGCGAGGGUCGUCAUCAAAUUCUUGUUGGGAGGUUACAGCGUGGACUAUGCUUUUCAUAUCGGCGGCUUGGAGACAACGGGAGCGAGUGCCGGCGCAGCGGACGCCGCGCACCUGCGCGCUGCGGGCGAGGUGGCGUUGCGCCGAGUGUUAGGCUUAGUUCAGCGGCCCCGUGGCUGGUCAAAGAUGAGGCCCUGGUGAAACGUUGGUCGGCGGGUCCGGGCAGAUGAGAUGUCAGGAAGGUCCUUACACCCCCGUGUGCUCGGUAGCAGAAACUGGAAAAUAUCCCGGGCGAGAUGCCAAAACCAGGAGCAGAAAUCGCGGAGCCCAUGCGAGGCACGUCCGAAGAACGCCGGGCGUGGGUUGCGUCGGUGCGAACGGGGUGCGAUAACGCUAUCGCGUUCCACUCUUGAAGGCGAAGCUUAAGCGUACUCCAAUUUUUUUCAUGCCGGUGGCCAGCACACAUGUACACAAUGCGCUGUUCACAUAUAAUGACAUGCGAAAUAUCAGCAGGUCAUCAUCAAAACUGUUUCUUUUGCUCCCUAUAGGCUAUGCCUUAAGCUCUGAUGCUGGCCCGCGACAAUCCAGUGCUGCUUCACCAUAACAAAAAAAAAAAAAAAAAAAAACUACAGAGUUUUCCUGCAGGAGGAAAAAGGAACGCGUACAGGACGGAAAACAGAAUAGAAGCGAGAAAGUUUGCGCUUGAUGACGCUGGUGGAACUCACGGAAAGCACGGCUGUGGGAUAUUGUAUAAUUCGCAUUCGAAUGGUGGUGGCGUUUCGCAGAGUGCAUGGCGUAACGGAAGUCCGAGUAACAAGAGUUAUUCCUGCAAUAGGACGCGAUAGGUUUGAAGUGCUGGUGGCGGUCGUGGUGAUGUAGAUGAACUGCAUUUCUUGCAGGAGGCUGCCUCUGGACGCCAUCAUUAUCCUGACGCAUUUGACGGUAGACGAACACGAGGCGGGUCUGCCGUGUGUGAUCACGGGAGGGGCGCCUUACAACGUUAAGCAAGUUACAAACAUUUUGGGCAUGGAAGUUGUUAUGAAAAAAAUGGCGCAGCAGCAACAGUGGGUCACGAAGACCACCUUAACCGUGUCUGUGUCCCUCUGCACACGCCUCUACAUGCCAGUAAAGGGGACUGACCUGGAAGAGAAGUGCGUCGACCACUUGCACCGCCCCAACACCACGGCUGCCUUCUGCAAUGACCAUCUGGCAGUCUACGCCACACCCAGAACCAUCAGGUACGGUCACCAGACGGUGAAGUCCUCGAGCCGCAGCACACCGUCUCUGGUUUCGACAUUUGAAUCAGAUGAGACCGUGAGCGGCAAGAGUAAUUUCCUGUUUCUUUGCAAAGUCACUCUCAUCGCCAGGCCAGGAGGCUUCCUCCAGGUCAGCUUCUGUUCCUAA